GAAUCUGAAGACGCAUGGGCAAGGUUGAAAGGUCUUCCCUUUGUUAAAUAUAGGAUUGAUGAAGAAAAAAAGGGUUCUGAGAAAUUCUUACUACAACAAAUGAAAGAAAAAAAAUAUUUAGUGAAAGAAAACAGAGCACUGUUCAGAUCAUGGUUUUCCUUGCUUCCUCGAAGAGCCUUGGCUGAAUUUAUCUCUGACUUUCCUGCUGAACCAUUGGACUAUCUUCUAGGAAUUUUUCAUAGACUGGAGGAUUUGAAAGCCACUCAUCCUACCUGUGAGGAGGUAGAAAAACUCCUGAUGAAGGUGUUGGAUGCCCUCAAUAACAAACGAAAUGAAAUGUUACAGCAGGACACUUGGAACUCAUAUGUGACUGUCUGCCAAAGACUUCAUGAGAAAAUGUGCAGAAAAUUCCUGCUGCUACAAUAUUACAGGAUACCAGCUAUUUCUGUCCUCAUUUUUUCAAGGAUUUUUGAAUUUGCACCUUCGGAGGCUUCCAGAGACAAGGCUAUGCAGAAUACUCCAAAGACAGUAUACCAAGGACUUCGUAAUACUACCAGGGCCUGGUUUCGUGCUGUUCUACCAGCACAUAUGCUGAAACCUGGUUCACAUUUAAUUGUAGAGCUUACUUUUCCAAUGGAGCUUGAGGCAUGGAAUCGAUUUUUGAAAAUUAAUUUUCGUGAUGCAAACCUCACAGAGGACUGGAAGGGAACUUUAAUUAAAGACAUGCAAAGCAGAAUCAAGCAGGUACCUCCACUUCAGCAGAUUAAAUCCUACUGCUACUUCCUUUCAGAUUUUGAAAAAUAUGAGCCUCUGAUUGGCAAAUCUUUUGAAAGUUGUGCCAUAGAAGCUGUUAACUUAGAAUACAAGAAUGAUCUCCUUGGCCUGAUGGCCUCUUACAACUUGAGCAAGCUGGGCAAGCUUGCAUCUGCUGUCAUCACAAAAUCAUGGCCAACUGAUAAAGAAGGAAAACCUCUGAGUGACCUUGAAGGUGUUUUGCAUCAUCUCCUUGUUUGGCCAGACACCAAGCAUCUUUUCACCUUCAAAGGAGGAAGUGGGGACUUCCUGAGCCAACUUACUGAUGAUGCCAAGGCAUUAAUGAAGAUCACUGAGUCUGUACAUAAAGAAAUUUAUGACAAUCUCAUUACAGGCCAGAUCUUAAUUAGACAUUUGGAAUUAAUUAUAAAGUGCAAGGAGCAAUUUGUAUUCAUUUGGGAAUUAAUGAAUGAAUCUCUCUCAUCCAUGGAGAAACCAAAGCAAAUACUGAAACUAGAAGUAGUACUUCAGUUGAGGCUGCAAGAACUAACAUCUGUCAAAGAGGAGCAAAAACAGUUGGAAUUCUUUUUGAGCAUGUUUCGGAAGGUGGAAGACAUUGUAAAAGUGGAUAUUGCUGAAAUGGAACAGAAGCACAGUGAAAACCUGGCCUCAAAAGCAUUGCAUGAUGUUGUGAAUGUGAGGCAUUCAGUUUCGCAGAGUGAUGAUAAAAUAGAGACACAUUACCAUCUGAGUCCAGCCCAAAAGAAGAUGACUGAAACUAUGAAUAACUUUAAAGAAAGCAGUAUCUUCCAGUACUGCUGGGAGUGGGCAGCCAGAAAGCUGGCAAGCAAUACUGAGGAUUUGAGCAAAGAGGAGAGCAUUGCCAUUUUGAAUCCUGAAUCUUUAUUUGAAUCUUGUUACAAUGAAUUCUCCAGACUCUAUGAAUGCCUGAAAUCUGAAGAGCUCACAUUUGCUGAAGUGGACCUUCUCUUCAAGAAUUUUACGAACCAUUAUGAUGGAUUGAAAAAGGAUUUUCAGAUUAUAUGCCAUCUUCAGCCUCAAGACAGUGGGAAAUGGGUAGAGCAACGAGUUGAGCAGAUCCAGCAGUAUCAUAAAUUACAUUUGGCUUUGGGCUGUGUUAAAGUUAUUGACACGGUCAGGGAAGGUUUAAACCUCUCUGGUGACUUCAAAGACCUGCAAUUAUUACUGAAAUUUGAAGAUGAACUCCAGUCCUUAGAGAGAAAAAAGCUGUCCUCCAUAAGCGCUUCAUUGAUACGUGCUAUGAAAGUGCUGCAAGACAUCACUGAACCACGUCAUAGGUGCCUUGAAGAGCUUGCACGGAGGAGGGAGUUUGCCAGCUGGGUAAAAAAGGUUCUAAAAGAUAUAAAUGAGCUAAAGGUAUUUGUGGACCUGGCAUCGAUCUCUGCGGGAGAAAAUGACAUGGAUGUGGAUCGUGUGGCCUGUUUCCAUGAUGCUGUGCUUGGCUACUCUUCUCUGCUGUAUGAAUUGAAACAGGAGUCAGGGUUUGAGGAAUUUCUGGUGUGUUUGGAAAAACUGUGGAAAGCCCUGGAAAGUGAUCCUAAACUCCCUGAAAAACUGUGUGAUUCUGCAAGAUACCUGAAAUGGUUGAAAGACAUAAAAGAGACUCAUGGCUCUGUGGAGCAGUCAUCUUUAUCAUUGGCAACAACAAUCAAUAGCAACGGAAUCUACCAAAUUAGGGCACCAGAGGAAGGCCAGAAGGUUUCUCUGGACACCAUCCUGUGCCUGACCGUCUCAGAAAGCCAUGGUGGCCAAGAAGAGAUACGGCAAUACUCCCUGGAAGAGCUCCAAGAACUGAUGAAUAAGCUGAUGCUGAUGUCAGGAAAGAUAGAACAAAGUACAGAAGUGGAGAAGUUUUCUGAGGUAUUUUCUAGUGUCCAGAGGCUUGCACUGUCUUUCAUCGACCUUUAUUCUGCUGGAAACAUGCUUUUCCGCUCUUGGGUCGCUGAUGUAUAUUGCUCACCCAACCAUGAAUUCUGCCUUAGCAUGGACUUCAAUUUAAAUUCUGGUUAUGCCCUUAUUGGAAAUGGAGACGUCACAGAAGUUCUGCCAACUGUUUGCCAAAAGAUGGAGAGUUUCCUGGAAAAGUGGAACCAGUUUAUGUUGGAGAAGCGAUCCCAGUACUAUUACUUGAAUUACUAUAUGGCAGAACAGUUUGUAUACUUGUGCAAGGAGCUUGGUUCAGAGUGCCCCAGUGAGGCUGCCUUAACGAUGCUGUCAUUUAUAAAGCGCAACUGCAGCAAGCAAGAUGUCCAGGAGGUCUCCGACCAAGUAGUAUCUAAAAAGCCAAAGAGAAAUUUUGCUGAUCUGCUUGGGCCGGUGGCAAGAGGGAGAGAGUUGACUGUAGAACUGGAAUAUAUAUGGGAGUCCUACAUGAGAAGUAUGGGCUCAUUCCUUCCAGGCUGCCUGGACAUUGAAACCCUUGGCAUUUACUUGGCCACCCUGGCAGAUUUGGAGAAGAAGAGUGUUAUGCGAAAAUUGCCACAAGGUCUUCAUGCUGGCAGGCCUAACCUCAUUCUCUGUCCUCGCUCUGAGGUGUUGGCUUCGGCACUGGCCAUCUACAUGAACAGUCCAGGGGAGAUGCUACCCUCUUACGAUGAAGUCCUGCUCUGCACACCACAAACCAGCUAUGAACAAGUGGCGCUGUUUUUGAGGCGGUGCCUCACUUCAGGCUAUAAGGGGAAGAAGAUUUACACCUUGCUGUUUGCAGAUGAGUUGAGCUAUGAUGUUGGCUACAGGUCUGAGGAACUUUUCCAGAGUCUUCACUUUAAUCACCAUGAUGAUUAUAGGCUAGUGAUUCUCUGCAACUGUGAGAGAGAGCACUGCUAUGUCCCUUCUGUCUUCAGCCAGUUCAAAGUUCACAUGAUCCCUCAGCAGCCCCUGAAGGACAUUCAGGGCUACCUUGGGAAUCAUUACAAAGCAAGACAGCCUCCAAGUUCAUCGGCUUCUGUCUUCAAGGACCAAAUGUGUGUUGGGAUUGUAGCUUCUGAAAGAGCUGGAGUAGGAAAAUCUCUGUAUGUAAAGAGGCUGCAAGAGAAAAUGGAAGCAAAGUUGCAAGGCCGUGGAGUAAUCUUAAAAACAAUUAGGCUGAUCGAUCCAGAUGUGGAUGAAGGCAAAGUGAUGAGAACUCUCCUCCCAUUCCUAGAAAAUCAGAACCAGAAACAGCCCAUGAUAUUUCAUUUUGAUAUCACCUCUUCAGUCCAGACUGGAAUUCCAGAAUUUCUGUUCAAGCUGUUAGUUUUACAGCACCUGAUAAAUAUAGAUGGGAAACUCUGGCUGCGGAAACAGUGUCAUUUGUAUGUUAUAGAAAUUCUUGAACCAUCACCACAAUUAAAGAAAAGCACGAGAUCAACUUUUCCAGGACUGAAGUACAACUUCAUGGAUGUGUUCCCCAAAGUAACCUGCAGAUCUCCCAAGGAAGUCCUAGAAAUGAACAUGCAGAGGAAUCUGUCCUAUGAUUGCUCAGACCCAGGUAUAGAUCAGGAAGUGUUCCGUAGCGAAGCCUUUCAGAGACCCUACCAGUACUUGAGAAGAUCUAGCAGAGGAGAUUGUCUCGACACAUUCCAAUAUAAAGAAGGCUCUGUUGAAGGGACACCAGAAGAGUGCCUGCAGAUGCUCCUGAUCCAUUGUGGAGUGAUAGAUCCUUCCUGGUCAGAACUGAGAAACUUUGCUUGGUUUUUGAACCUUCAACUGAGAAAUUGUGAAACUUCGGUGUUCUGUAAUGCUGCUUUUGUCCACGACGCUUUACAUGGCUUCAAAAAUUUUGUGGUCACAUUUAUGAUUUUAAUGGCAAAGGAUUUUGCUACACCAUCUCUAAAUAUUUCUGAUGAAAGCCCUGGGAUUAAGUUUUUUGACAUGGAAGGAGUCAAAGAAAGAGAUCUUGUUCCAUUCCUUCUAAGGAAGAAGUGGGAGUCGGAGCCCCACCCAUAUAUAUUCUUUAACGAAGACUCUAUAUGUAUGACAUUUAUUGGCUUUCAUCUUCGGAAAAGAGUCAAUGGUAGCAUCGAUGCCAUCAAUCCCUUAAAUGGAAGUGUCAUCCGGGAAGGUGUGAUGACAUCUGAUCUGUAUGAGGGAUUGCUGCAUCAGAGAGUUCCAUUAAACAUUAAUUUUGAUGAACUCCCUAGAAAUAAAAAAAUUGAGACACUUUGCACAGUUUUAGGGCUCCAAAGACAAAUGGAUCCCGAUGAAACAUAUGAGCUCACAACAGACAAUAUGCUAAAGAUCCUUGCCAUUGAAAUGCGAUUCAGGUGUGGUAUCCCUGUUGUCCUCAUGGGAGAAACUGGCUGUGGAAAAACCAGGCUAAUAAAAUUCCUGUGUGAACUACGUAGGAGCGGUGCUGAUGCCGAUAACAUGAAGCUUGUCAAGGUCCAUGGAGGCACCACAGCAGAUGCAAUCUAUGCCAAAGUCAGGGAAGCAGAAGACAUUGCUAUUGACAAUAAACAACAAUACCAGUUUGACACCAUCCUGUUUUUUGAUGAAGCCAACACCACUGAAGCUGUCAGCAGCAUCAAGGAAGUCUUGUGUGAUCGCACAGUUGAAGGACAGCCUUUGAUCCACAACUCAGGUUUGCAAAUCAUAGCUGCAUGCAAUCCUUAUCGCAAGCAUACAGGGGAAAUGAUUCAGCGCUUGGAAUCGGCUGGCUUAGGCUACCGUGUCAAAGCAGAGGAGACCAAGGAAAAGCUUGGCUCCAUUCCUCUUAGGCAGCUGGUAUACCGUGUCCAUGCGCUCCCUCCUAGCAUGAUCCCUCUAGUGUGGGAUUUUGGACAGUUGAACAACGUUACUGAAAAACUCUAUAUACAACAGAUUGUGCAAAGACUUACUAGGUCAAUACCAAUGUCUGAUGUUGAGCUCCAGUUAAUAACAGAUGUGCUUUUUGAGUCUCAGAAGUAUAUGAGGCAAAGGAAUGAUGAAUGCAGCUUUAUCAGCCUCAGGGAUGUGGAACGCUGCGUGGAAGUCUUCAAGUGGUUCCACAGCCACAGUGAACUACUAAUGAAACAUCUGGAGAAGCAAGUUGCAGAGAGGAAGGCAGCUAAAGGUUUUGUCCAGCGAGACCCAGUCAUUUGGUCCUUGGUUCUUUCAGUGGGUGUUUGCUACCAUGCUUCCCUGGAAAGGAAAAGGGAGUACCGCAGAGUCAUCAGCACCAUCCUUCCAGAGCCAUAUGAUGAUGAAAAGGGAAUCCUUGAAGAAAUUGGCUUAGUUCAGGAUCUCUUCUUGAGUGAUCUACCUCUGAGGGAAACGAUUGCCAAGAACUUGGCACUGAAGGAAAAUGUUUUUAUGAUGGUUAUCUGCAUUGAACUUAAAAUCCCCUUGUUUCUCAUUGGCAAGCCUGGCAGUUCCAAAUCUCUUGCCAAAACGAUUGUGGCUGAUGCCAUGCAAGGCCAAGCAGCAUAUACUGAGCUUUAUAAAGAACUGAAGCAAAUCCAUUUGGUGUCCUUUCAGUGCAGCCCACACUCUACCCCUGAGGGAAUCAUCAACACUUUCAAGCAUUGUGCUCGCUUCCAAGAAGGAAAGAACCUAAAGGAGUAUGUCUCUGUGGUGGUGUUAGAUGAAAUUGGCUUGGCUGAAGACUCCCCCAAAAUGCCUCUGAAGACCCUUCACCCGCUCUUGGAAGAUGGCUGUGUUGAUGAUGAUCCACUCCCUCAUAAAAAAGUUGGCUUCAUUGGGAUCUCUAACUGGGCGCUGGAUCCAGCUAAGAUGAAUCGAGGCAUCUUUGUAUCCCGUGGAGAACCAAACAAGAAGGAACUCAUAGAAAGCGCAAAGGGUAUCUGCUCUUCAGAACGUGCCGUCCUGCACAAAGUUGACCGUUUCUUUCCCAUCUUUGCAAGUGCUUAUGAGGAAAUUUGCAAGACCCAAGGCAAGGAGUUCUUUGGGUUGCGUGAUUAUUACAGUCUCAUAAAAAUGGUGUUUGCUUUAACCAAAAAACUGAAAAGAGAGCCAGCUCCCCAUGAACUAGCAGAGAUAGUUCUCCGUAAUUUCAGUGGUAAAGAAGGUGUUGAGGCCUUGAACAUUUUUAUGUCUAGGUUCUCAGAAAAAGGAGAUGUCAUCCGUGAGGACAUUGGUACAAUUGAUCUAGUUCAGCAGAACAUUUACAGUGACUAUGAGGAUGGUGAAUGCCGUUACCUGCUGGUGUUGACGGAAAAUUAUGCAGCCCUCCAGAUCCUGCAGCAGGCUUUUUUCAAAGGUACACAGCAGCCAGAAAUUAUUUUUGGUUCCAGUUUUCCCAAAGACCAGGAAUACGCCCAGAUCUGCAGAAACAUCAACCGAGUGAAGAUCUGUAUGGAGACAGGGCAGAUGGUCAUUCUUCUCAACCUGCAGAAUCUGUAUGAAAGCCUCUACGAUGCCCUCAACCAGUAUUACGUUCAACUUGCUGGUCAAAAGUAUGUUGACUUGGGCUUGGGGACCCAUCGAGUGAAAUGCAGAGUGCACCCUAAGUUCCGUUUGAUUGUCAUUGAGGAGAAAGAGGUGGUCUACAAACAUUUCCCCAUCCCGUUGAUCAACAGGCUUGAAAAGCACUACCUAGACAUCAAUACUGUGUUGGGCAAGAGGCAAAGAGACACUGUGGAAGAAUUGAAGAAAUGGGUGGACAGCUUCACAGCAGCUGAAACUGAAAAAUACUUUAUGGGCCAGCAGAAAUAUACCCCUUCUGAUGUCUUUGUUGGCUACCAUCCUGACACCUGUGCCUCAGUUGUCUUGCAGGUGACGGAGAAGCUGAAAAUGGAUGCUUCCCCUCAGGAACUGAUGCGAAAAGUACAAGAAGAAGCCAAGUUGGUCCUGUUAAACUGUGCAACGCCCGAUUCUGUAGUCCGCCUUGGUGAUUCACAGCUGGGUUCCUUUCUGGCAGAUGACUUGGCCAAGGUAUACUUUCAGCAGCAACAUCACACUUCGCUUGCAGAGUUCCUUCGUUCUUGCCUUGAGACAGAGUCUAGGGGUCACACAAUCUUUACUGAGAUUUCUACUUUCUCCAGGCUCCUGACAGCAGCAGAUACAGAGACUUUGAAGGCGGAAGUACAAGGCCAGUUGGGCAGCCUCAAAGUUCUGUUCUUGCAACAGUUUGACACAGAAUACUCAUUUUUGAAAGAGAUUCGCAAUUUUCUAGAUGCUACAUCUGGAAGUAAAAUCCUGAUUAUUCAGACACACUUUGAAAAUGGAUCUCUCAGUGCCCAGCUCGUUGCUUCAGCCAGAUACUCAGUUGUUAACGAGAUCAACAAAACAGAUCAGGGUGAAACCUCCGUGUUUGUGUUCUUCAUCACUAAACUGUCACGAGCUGAAGGAGGAAGUUCCUAUGUAGGAUUUCAAGGAGGGUUGUGGCAGUCUGUGCAUAUUGAUGACCUGAGGAAAUCCAAGGAUAUUAUCUCUGAUGUAACUGCCCUGAGAAAUGUCACCAUCAGCCAGCUCUUUUCUGCAGAGCCUCCUGAAAGUAAGAAUACCCAAGUCUUGGACACCACCAUUCUUCUACGGAGCUGUGUGCAAAGAGCUGUGGGCAUGCUAAGGGAUCAAAACGAGGAUGCCAGCCGCAGUACUAAGAGAAUUGAAAUCCUCCUUAGUCUUCUGUCUCAAGAAGAUGACGUAAAAGCCUCCUUCCUGAAGAUAACAAAGACUCGCCUGUUGAGUCUUUUGGGGAAGCAAGAAGAAAAUGUUUACACCAUGAAAGAGUGGGUACGCCAAGAGGCAUCAAACCUCAAUGCCCUCCAAGAAGUAGGAACUUUCAGAGACACCCUGUGGAAGCGGGUCCAGAGUGUGGUGACUCCAUUUAUGGCCUAUAUGUUGUCUGUCCUAGACAGUGACUGCAACCUGGACCUAUUGGUCAGACCAACAACAGAAAAGUGUGUGAAAGCUCUGUGGCUAUUCAUCUUUAAUGAUCUCAAGCUGCUGGACAUCCCUUACAUUAUGGGCCAGAACAAUUCCCAAACUGAGACUAUUCUGGUGCAGAGCUACUUUAAGAAAUCAACAGGUGCUGGCAAUGAAAUGCCCUUCAGCUGGAAGAUAAAAGAUUAUUUGGAAGAUCUUUGGAUUCAAGCUCAAUACAUCCCUGGCAAUGAAGACAGAUUUGUAAGCAUCUUUCAGAAGAAACCACUGGGGCAAUAUAUUGCUGAUCUCCCUGAGGAAGAGAGGGAGCACCUUUUUCACUGUUACGUCAGAGACUUCAUCCUCCUGACAAUGGGCGUUUCUUCUCAUAAAGAGCUAAAGUUGCUGCAGACAGCUCUCUUAUCAUGUAUGGAGGAAAUGAAGGCUGCUUCUUCCAGUGCAGAAGAGAGGGCGCUGCCCUUCCCCUUUAUCCAUCUUUGUUACCGUCAGUUUAGGAGUCGUCUGCAAAACCUUUCCAGGAUUCUUGCUGUGUACCCUGAUGUGUCAAAUUCUCUCACAGAACAUAUUGAGAAAGGAGACAGCUUCUUGCAUCGCCAAAUGGUUCUGGAUGUGCUUGCUGCAAUUGCUUGCACUGAGAUGUUGGAAGAAAAACUGUUGAACUGCAGAUCUCAAACGUGGCUGCAGCAGGUGAAGAAGCUUCAAAUGCCAAUUGAACUUGUGUGUACAGCAAACUACAUUCAAAGCAAUGGAAGCCGCUGUGACCAGCUGCUCCAGGAACUCAGGAGCCAAUGGAAUAGGAUUUUCUCACUGUCCCUCUUCGUGGAACAUGUGCUCCUUGGAGUAGAAAUGCAGAUUCCAGAGGUGAAGAACCUGGUAAAAAAGUUCACCUCGCGCCUUGGAAAAUGUUUUCAAGGGGAUUCAGACAUUAAAACCCAUAACACAUUCUGUGCAGUCAUGGAUAUCCUAUGUCAGUGCAAGGAGGAUGCUAGUUCAGUGUUUUGCAGUUAUGGUUUGAGGCCAUGUCCAAUUUGUUUGGAAGAUCCUAGGGAGCCAAUCCACCUUCCUUGUGAUCAUGUGUAUUGUCAUCAUUGCAUAAAACAAUGGCUGGUACCAGGAGAGAUGUGCUGUCCAUUUUGCAAAGUUGAACUACCAGAUGACUAUUCUCCCAAAGUAUCUGAGGAGAUCCGUGUUGCCAUUAAAAAAAUGACCCGGUUCCGCAAGUGUUGCAACAGUUUUUUCAUAGAGCUGGUUUCUACUAUGUGCUUCAAAGACAAUGAGCCCCCAGAAAAAGCUGUGAUCCAAGAGCUGCUGAACCUCCUGUUUGUUCACAAGCCGCCCUUGAAAGGUUCAAAUAACUACAGUGUGUACACGAAAACUCUAUCCCCCUUUAACGAUGUGGUGGAUAAAACCCCUGUAAUCCGUUCUGUGGUGCUAAAGUUGCUUCUAAAAUACAGUUUCAAUGAUGUGAAAGUCCAUGUUCAAAAAUAUUUAUCAGAAGCAGAAUCAAAAUGCAACCUAGACAAAGAAGACAAGACAGUACUGUACACGCUGUUUGCCAGCUGCCUUGAGGAUUCUAUGUGUGAGAAAUUGGGAGCCUCCUCAGAGAAAAGCAAGGCAAACUGCCUGAGAGAAGAUGGACGCUUCCUAACAAAUUACAUAAAGCAAAGCAGGAGCAGCCAUGAAACCUCUCAAAAAGUCACCAUUGAGUACUUGCAGGGAGUGGCCCACACCCGCCUGUGUAUGGAUAGGGCUGCACAGCUGCUCUUUGAACUUCAUGGAACUUCAGGCAAUACUCAAGAAACAGAGAAGCAACACUACCUGCAAAAAGUGAAGCAGUUCUGCAAUCAGAUUCAAAAUGACUGGUACCGAGUUUACCUUAUCCGCACACUUACUAAACAAUAUGGGAUGGAGUUCACACAGAGACUUUCUAAUGAAUCCGAGUUUAACUGGAUAUUUCCAGCAGAAAUCAUUCAACAGAAAUCUCAGUCCAGUCAGAUUGAUCAGUUCCUGGUACAUGGCAAGAACUAUAAAGUGGUGCGUGAUGCUUUGGGAAAAGCAGUGAUAGAAUGCCAGGCGGAUGGCAUUGCAGCAGCCUUGAAGGAAAGUAAUGGCUCCAAGUCUUCCCAGGCUGUUCAUUUUCUCUUGGCUGUCUUCAGAGAGUUCACAUCUCUGUAUGGAUGCAAGGACCCAAGUCUUCAUCCAAAGCAGGAGCAACGUGAUGUUAUCAAGGAGUUCAUCCAGAGCUCCAACGUUCUUCCUUCUCCAGAGCUGGAGAGAUUUGCAGAAUCUCUGAUGGAUAACCAUCUCCCCUCACUGGCACUGAGCCCCCAAGAUUCCAGCCACAAGAGGGUAGUGAUUGAAAUGGCAGUUCACACAGCUGCUGUCUUGCUGUCUGGCCAGAAUCGAAUCCUUGAACCUCUAAGGAAUCUGGCAUUCUCACCUCAUACCAUGCAGAAAGCUUUUCUUCCAACAAUGCCUGAAGACAUUGUUGCUCAAGCUAGGGAGUGUCUGAGAACAGAAAGCUUAACCUGGUAUACAUGUCGAAAUGGCCACCCCUGCGUUAUUGGAGAGUGUGGUCUUCCUAUGGAAACUGUUCGAUGUGUUGAUUGUAAUGAGCCAAUCGGAGGUGACAACCACAAGGCAUUGCCAGGAUUUCACAAAACUUUGACUGAGCACGAUAGGACACAAACUGGCCAUGUUCUUGGAGACCCUGAAAAAAGGGGAGGCAAUAUAGCCUCUGAGAGGGAGAUGUCACCAGCUGUCUUAAUUUUGAUUCGCUUGCUCACUCAUUUGGCAUUACUUCUGGGAGCCACAGAAAAUCCUCAGUCCCUACUACAGAUCAUAAAGCCACCAGUUCAGGAUCCAGUGAGCUUUCUCAUGCAGCAUAUUCAUAAGGACUUGGAGCAACUGAAGAAUACUCUUGGGAAGAGUGCUGAUGAAACCACCAAUGUUGUCCAUCUCAUUCUUUGUAGCCUUCUCAAGGAGCCUCACCAACAGACAGGCCAAUGGAGAUCUGACAGUCUACUCUCUACGAAGCAGUACAGAAAUAAUUGGGAAGGAAUUGUUGCUCAAAAUGUUGUUCUUCCAGAACUAAAGUUUCUGGAUAAAACACUUCUGGAUGUGAAUCAACAGAUCAGUGAAGAUAAGACAAUGGCUUCCAACUUAAUAGCAAAAAUUAUAUAUGGUGAUCCUGCAACCUUCCUGUCUGAACUACCCAGCAACAGCACUGUACACUGUUCCAGGAUGUGGAGCUGCAGGAAAAGGAUUUCAGUUGAGCACAUGGAGCAUGUUGUCCAGCAGAAAGAUGGCAAGGAAACGGUGCCCAUAUUGUGGAAGUUCUUGCAAAAGGAAGCUGAAUUGAAGCUGGUGAAGUUUUUGCCAGAAAUUCUGGCCCUGCAGAAAGACUUGGUGAAGAGGUUCCAGAACAUUUCUGAGCUGGAAUACCAAACAAUUAGAGAUUUCCUCAACAAGGCUUCACCAGAAUUCAAGAAUCUUAUGAAAAACAGAGUGAAUACAUUUAUGGAUGUAUGGAACAAGCUGAGAUUAUCCUUGGAAACCCACGGUGAAAUUAAACUUCCCAAAGGUUAUUGUGAUACUGACUUAACCCUGGACAGUGAGUUUGAGAUCCUUUUGCCUCGCCGACGUGGCCUAGGCCUUUGUUCCACUGCCUUGGCUAGUUAUCUCAUUGGCCUACACAAUGACUUUGUCUAUGCCAUAGAAGGAUAUACAACAGAUGCCAUAAGAUACUCUGUUAGCCCUUCUGAAGUGACAGAUCUACAUGUGAUCGCUUACAAUGUGGAGAGGGACUUGAUCCCAUUGAUCCUGUCCAACUGCCAAUAUAGCAUGAAGAAAGGAGGGGAGGCCCUCCAGGAAUUCGAUCUGGAAAAAAUUGAGCAGCAACUUGCUAGUAGAUUUCUUCAGGGGAAGCCCUUAAUCACAUUGAAAGGCAUACCAACCCUGGUGUACAGACAUGAGCAAAAUUAUGAGCAUCUCUUCAAUGAUAUCAACAGUAAGCUGAGCCAGAUUUCUCUUCCAAAUUCCACAACUGGCAUGAUCAGUGGGAAGUUGCUAUCCUACAGUGACAUCUGUGAAGCGCUGUCUGUCACCGAAAUAACCUUAGGAUUCCUGGCUAAGGCUGGAGGAGACUCAAAGAUGACUUUGACUGAAUAUGUUGAAGAUAUCCUGCAAAUGGGCAGUCAGACAAAUGACCACGUGCUGAAGGCACUGAGCCAGUGUCACCUCGAGCACACCAUUGCACUGUGGCAGCUCCUUUCGUGCUAUAAAUCUGAACAGCUGCUUCAUCUGAAAAGGGAUCCCUUCGCAGAGGUUGGUGCAGCCUAUAAAGAUGAGCUCACUGCAGAGAACACAGAACUCUUCAAUGCCUUCCUUAUGCAGGCUGGGCUGGGGUCCUUCCUCCAAGAGUUGCACGAAAUGAUCAUCCUGAAGCUCAAACAUCCCAAAGCUCAGGAAGGGUUCAAUCCCAAGUGGAGCCUUAGGGACACACUUAUUUCAUACCUCGAAAGGAAAGGGAGCAACAUAUUAGAAGAACUAGAGGAUACAUUCCCAGAAGAGAUCCCGCUCUCCCAGUGUAUCGCUGCCUGGAAAGUGGCUGCCACUCUUAAACGAGAACGAAGACUGGGUUAAUGCAGCAGCAUCAAUGGCAGACAGUGCAUCCUCUCUUCUUGCCCAACCAACUUUAAAAAAAAAAUUACUGAAGAGCAAAGUACUGGAUUUUUAGGUCUUGCUUUCCUUGCACUAAGCAAAAAAAACAACAACCAAAAAACACAACAAAACCCCAAAAAACAAAACUAAAGGAGAUCCUAACUGAAAGUGUAAUUGCACAUUAUUAGGAAUAAUUACUGCUUCAGAAGCUGAAGGAAACACCUACCCUCCCUACAACUAACUACAGUGGUACCUCAGGUUAAGUACUUAAUUCGUUCCGGAAGUCCGUACUUAAUCUGAAACUGUUCUUAACCUGAAGCACCACUUUAGCUAAUGGGGCCUCCCGCUGCCACUGCGCCACCGGAACAUGAUUUCAAUUCUCAUCCUGAAGCAAAGUUCUUAACCUGAAGCACUAUUUCUGGGUUAGCGGAGUCUGUAACCUGAAGCGUAUGUAACCUGAAGCGUAUGUAACCCGAGGUACCACUGUAUACAUUUUCCCCAUAUAAAAUGCAAGUUAGUGAUUCAAUCACAUUCAAAUGGGUAGAAAAAGCAAUUGGAUUCAAUAGCCAGAACUAGAUGUGUAGUGUCACAGGCCGCUGGGUCAGAGGCAAUGAACUAAUCCUCCUUCUCUCAGGUAUUUUACUCUGUGCAAUGGUGUUCACACUUUGGCAAGAAAUGAAUUAGCAACGGCUGAAGUACACCGAUGGGUGUGAAGCUGAUUUCAGAGACGAUGCAUCGAACAGUAGUUUUUAAUAAGCAUUUUAUAAAGAAGUACAGGAUACAUAUUUUGGGUAACAUGUGAACACAUUAGAAGCCCAGCACUGGAAACUAUAAGUACACAGUUAAAUGAGUGUGAACCUGGCCCUAAGUUAUGUCAGUGCUUAGUCAAGGAAAUAGUUCAGGUAGCUGCCUUAAAAGCAAUUCAGUUAAAAAGCACACACUCAGGUGUGAACUAAGUUGCCUUUAGCCUAUCCCCCCCCCUCUUUUGCCCUUAUGAAAGAACUUUUAUUUCUGUUGGAUAAAAACAUAGAUAUUAAUUGGUAUUUUUGAACAUGCAUGCAAAAAAAAAGUGUAUCUGAUUUUCACUGCACUAAAUUAUGAUUGUGUUCAAUAUGACAUUUGAACUGAGUGAUUGAGCUGUGAAUCUGAUGUGAAGACAACAAACCUCACACUUCUUCUACACAUCGUUAAUGAGUAAGCAAUACUCAUGGUCUGCUUCAGAGUUGUGCUUACACAAUGCAUUGGCUAAAGUGAUGUCAUUAGCAGUGGUGUUCCAAUUCAUUGUGCUAACAGAGCAGUAGACUUGGAAUCCUACUAUGGAUGAGCCCAUGGUCAGUUUUCACCAAUGUAUAAGAGCUCUAUUGCUGCUCACUCCAUUUAAUAAACCAAAUGUUUGCUACAAAA